CAAGAUGUCUGGGCGAGGGGCGAGCGCGGCAUGGGCGCCUGGAGGGCUUGGGCGCACUUGGCGGGGCAGAGGCGCCCGGCCGCCUCCGGAGCAUCGCCCUGAUGCUCGCAUGCCCUUCAAGGAGGCUUCGCCGGCAGCCGGAACGCGAGGACGAAGGAGCAUCCAGGAAGCCCCGCAGAUGGAACUUUAUUGGCCUAAUUAAAAGAGGAUUUGCAUGGCGAGGGGAAGCGCGGAUUGGCAAGGCAAUGCCCUGGGCGCAGGUUGCUGGAGAGCAAGAGGGUUUGCUUGUUUGGGGGUUCUUUUUGCUUCUUGCAAGCGAAACUUCAGCUGGAGCCGUGGCCUGGCGGGCUUUGCCCCGCAGCCCAUGCCCGAAGUUGAGGAGGCGAGCCCCUGGACUGAUCUCUGCUAGCAGCUUCGACCUCCUCAGACCUUAGGGAGCACUCAUCACCAGUCUAAGAGUGGAAACACAUACUCAGAAGUUUCACACUGGGCCACACCAUGAGGCUGAACCUGUUCUUCCCACAGCUUAAAUCCCGGAAGACUAGGGUGGGAAUCAGAAGCAUCCAUGACCUUAUUGAGGUUCAGCAUCAGGCAGCCCUAUUCUCUUUGAUGUCAAGUGGGGUGGACACAGUCAAGUAUGGCAGAGAAUGAAGAACUAUUGACAAGAUGGGUGUGGCGAUGCAAUGGCAAGAAUGUCAGAUUUUUAAACGGAAGCAGAAAAAACAGGACGUCUUGAGAAGUUAGAUGAUGCGCUUCUGACGAAAAGAAGGGGAGAAAGAAGAACCCCAGGUAAUCCUUUAAUCAGCUGUUGGCAAUGUUUUCGGGACCUUUGGGCAAACUUCGCUUGAUGAUGCCAAGUAUAUGAAAUAGCACGUUGCCACAAGGAAUGGCGACUACACAGGAGAAAGAACACCCCUCAAGACGUUAAAGCUUUUCUCCAAGCUCCAUGAAUGCAUUCCAAGUUGCUUCUCUGCGUCGAACUUUACGGCUUGGAAAGUAACAUGCUGCCCUUGUGGGAGAUGCCAGAGGUAGCGAGGCUAUUCAUUUGUUCUGCUGAAUAGGAGAGCUCCAGGAACAAUGGCUUCAAAAGUCUCCUGUUUGUAUGUCUUGACGGUCGUUUGCUGGGCAAGUGCUCUGUGGUACUUAAGUAUAACACGACCCACUUCGUCCUACACAGUCCACAAAAGUUUCCGCACCAUCUCAAUAGCUAGAAAGAAUGUCUCCUUCGGCAAUAUAAGGACUCGGCCAAUCAAUCCUCACUCGUUUGAUUUCCUCAUAAACGAGCCGGAGAAAUGCGAAAAGAAUGCCCCCUUCCUGGUCAUUCUCAUCAGCACCACACACAAAGAAUUUGAUGCCAGGCAAGCCAUUCGGGAGACAUGGGGAGACGAGAACAACUUCAAAGGUAUUAAGAUUUCCACUCUCUUUCUCCUGGGGAAAAACACAGACCCCGUGUUAAAUCAGAUGGUGGAGCAGGAAAGUCAAAUCUUCCAUGACAUCAUCGUGGAGGAUUUCAUUGACUCCUAUCACAACCUGACUCUGAAGACGUUGAUGGGUAUGAGGUGGGUGGCGACAUUUUGUUCGAAAGCCAAGUACAUCAUGAAAACGGACAGCGACAUCUUCGUGAAUAUGGACAACCUCAUUUACAAAUUGCUAAAACCCAAUACCAAGCCGAGGCGGAGGUACUUCACUGGCUACGUCAUCAACGGAGGCCCAAUAAGGGACGUCCGUAGCAAGUGGUACAUGCCUAGGGACUUGUACCCUGACAGUAACUACCCGCCAUUUUGCUCGGGCACUGGCUACAUCUUUUCAGCGGAUGUAGCGGAGAUGAUUUACAAAACCUCCCUCCACACAAGACUUCUUCAUCUUGAAGACGUGUACGUGGGACUUUGCCUGCGGAAGCUGGGCAUCCACCCUUUUCAAAACAGUGGCUUUAAUCACUGGAAGAUGGCCUACAGCCUAUGUAGAUACCGGCGCGUUAUCACAGUGCAUCAGAUAUCACCUGAGGAAAUGCACAGAAUUUGGAAUGACAUGUCAAGCAAGAAACACCUCAGGUGUUAGGACACUUUGCAGAUGUAAAUGCUUUUUGUAAAAAAAAAACACACAAAAAAAUUAAUUGAGUAGAGAGUAAAUGGAUGUCUUUUGAUUGGAAAAUGGGAUGCUAACUUUCAGGAGGGGAAGAUCUUCUGUAUUUUUUGUUUUGUUUUUGUUCUUCUUCACGGCUUUGAUUUCUGGUUUACAGACCACAUAACGCAGUUGUCAAAAAAGGUAGGGUCACAUCUGUCUUGGCCAGUCUCAUAACUGCAUAAAGGGGACAAAUGACUGCUAGAUGAUGUAUAAUCUAUUCCUAUUACACCUCCAGAAUAGGAACCCUCCUCUAAGGCAAGGCUAAGCAGUCUGAAAGAUCAAGAAUCCUAGCUCUUUCUUUCUUGAGCUCAUGCUCACUGAGAUGGAUUUGAAUGGGGAAAGCUAAGCAGUUUUAUUAUGGUCUUCUAUUUCAAAUUAGCCUCUCCUUCCCCUAAAUACUAGUGGCCUCCUGAUCUGAAGUAGAACAUGGGGCAGUGGUUGGAAGAAGAAGAAAAAUCAGGAGUCUCUCUCCAUGCAAAGGAUUCUUUAGAAGCAAGUGUUUAAUCUCACCUACCUGGGAGUAAGCCUGACUGGAUUCCACUGGACUUACUUCUGAGUAGACAUGCAUUGUUAGAGAUUAAAACACAGACCCCAAAAUGGGAUGGUGCAGGGUUUUUAUUUUUUUAAAAAUCACUAUGCACAAUUUCUUCACCGAGAUGCAACAUAAGGCCUCAAAAUACACUAACAAUAAUGAUGAUGAUGAUGAUGAUGUUAAAAUACAGAACAAAAAGUGCGUGCCAAAAUACAUUACAUUAUAUUCUUUACAAAAGGCAAAUUUCUCCAGUAUGUAAACUGCAAAAAAGGAACCUUUUAGAACUUUGCAGUUUUAAUACAGAUGGUGACAUGCCCAUUUAUCAAAAUAAGAUUUUCCGUUUUAUUAUUAUAUUUGUAGACACAGAAUUAAAGAUCACAUGAUUAUUAAGGAUAUGCAGUAUUGUUAAAUAAAACAAAAUGUUAACUGGAAAACAUCUGUAACUGCUGUGGGAGGGAAGCAAAUCCUCAGCCGACACUUUCACUAGUUCAGUGUUAAAAACCGUUUGUUACGGCACUUUGCUUUUCGAAGAGCCUAAGUGCUUUUUCAAUUAUAAAAGGCUGCCCAUAGGAAUUAUAGCACUGCAUUCUGUAGAUAUAAGCAUAAUUAGUUUUUUCCCCAUAAUUAAAAGGCCUAAGAGCUACAUAGAGAACCAAUAGAAAGGGGAGGGCUUUCUGUUUAUUACUCCCUGCAUGCCUUUCCCAGUGACACUAGUAGUAAUUAGAUUUGAAGCCAGCACUUAUCAUCAUUUGACAGACACAUUGACAACUUCGUAAUAAUAAGCCACACACAUCGCUAGGUCAAUUAAAAGCAGCGAUACCCAAUAUUAAAAAAAAAAGAGAUUGCUGUUACAAAAUCAAGCAGUGGACUCAACUCAAAAUCUUUCCUAAAUUUACCAGCAACUCAAGCUGGGUGGCAAGGAAAAUGGGUUCCUCAAGGUGUCAUUGGAUACCAGCUCGUGGUUAAGGAUGCCAAAACUUUCCCACUCCUGAACUAAAGCAACUUUGUGGACCAUUCCCAGUAUUUUUUAUGGGCCAUCUCAUAACUAUUUGAUUUAUUUUUUUCUGGACAGCAGAACCACAGGGCACUCUGGAAGGAGUAGUUCAGGAAUAGCCAAUGUGGUGCCCUUCAGCUGCUGUGGACCAUAACUCCCAUCAUCCCUGACCAUUGGGCCCUGCUGGCUGGCAACUGAUGGGAGCUGGAGUCCACAACAUCUGAAAGGCACCAGUUUAGUACCCCUGGAAUGGGCGAUAAUGCCUUUCCACUUAGAAGAGUGGCAGAUAAAUCCUCAGCUUGUUUUGCUCUGCAUACACAACACAUAGUUUGAAUGGAAUAUUGUUAGCAACCUCCUUUCCCCGCCCCCUUGCGGCUUCCUAUGUGCCACAAGUGAAUUCAGAAGUUACGAUUGAGCAGGGGCAGGGUUCGUUAAAACACUAAUGAGCAUGUUCUCCUUUAGUUGAGGGGAUUGGAACGUUUUUGAUGCAUAUUUAAUAGUCUGGACUUCAGAGAUAUUUUCUGAAAUAAAGGGUGGAAGAAAAAUAUUACAAAGCCUCCUACACAGAACAGGUUCCAUUUCAUUUCUUUCUUUCUUUUUUACUAAAGAAUGUGUUUAUGCUGGAAAAACUACUCUAAGAUUUAGAGCAAAUCUAUUACAGAUGCUCAGUCAUUUCCCUUCUUUUCUUGAACGCUAGUGUCAUUUGUGUGAUGCCACAGAGUACAGCAGUUCUGUCAAGAGAUUCCAGCCCAACCCCACAUACCUGCUUCCUUAGCCCAAUCAGAGAGAAAAGUUUCAUAUCCAUCUAAUUCAUGCUGGUGAUAAUCCACAUUAAAAAAAUAUAACAGCACAGAACACCUGCUAUGCAAAUCAGGAAUUUUGAAAAUAGCAGCAAUGAAAAAUAAGCCCACUUCUGAUCACACGUAACUUUAUUAAAUUUUAAAAAAUAAUUUGGGGAAUAAAUCUGAAUUUUAAAACUGCUGAACAAACAGCAAAUAAAAGCAGGCCAAGUAAUUAACAAUUUCCAUUUAACUUAGAUGGCGUUACUAGCAAAGAGAAUAUGUGCAGGCAAUGGACAGAGCACAUCUCAGCAUAUCAAUAGAUUUUAAAUUCUAAAUAUCUAAUAUCAAAGAUGUAAAGGUGUUUUGUUCUAAUAUAACAUGGUAGCUGUGCAUGUCAGUUUGGUAGAGACUUCCCAUAUCAGUCCUAGAAAAUGCAAGCAAGUCUACACAUGCUUGUUGACUGCUUGGUGGACAUCGGCUGGACACAUCAAAAAAAUUGUUUCAGAAAAAUGCAUUGUACACUUCAAAGGGGGAAAUCGCAUUGGCGAUAGAUGAAACUCCACAGUGCCAUCUGGUGUCACAGUGUUAUAACACACAAGGCGCUUUUUCUUUACUUGUGUAGCUGAGUAACUGGCAGAAGCUAGUCAUCACUUAGGCUGCAACCUUAUAUACAGUUGCCUGGGAGUAGGUCCCAUUGAACUCAGAUGGGGCUUUCUUCAGAAUUGAUAUGCUCAAAGCAAUGCAUCUGGAUUUUGCUGCAGCCAACAAGCUCAGGACUAGUUGGGCAUCCGAGAAACAUGGGAGGGAGACAGCAUUUAGGAGGUGCAUAGGCUUGCUCACUCAGUGUUUCCAUCCCACAUGCAUCACCUCAACUUUCCCACAUUGAGUGGGCAAAUAAAUGCUUAGAAAUCUCCACUUGAUAGGGAAUCUGAACAAUGCAGGAUUUCUCAUCAUGCAGAUAUUUCUAAGCAUGCUCAGCUGAAUGUACUUGCAAGUCUCGUUCUGAACUUCACACUCAAUGUGCAAAGGUUUCCUGUGGGGAUGAGGACAUUAAGGGCAGGGAUUGUGCCUGUGUCCACUUUAAUUCAUUCAUGGUGAAUGCUUGAAAAGGGCUUCUCUUUAACUUGCCCCCAAAUGACUGCAAUAGCAAAUGAUAGCUCAAUGUGUGAAAUGCCUAUUGUAUGUCACAGGUCAAACAUUGCAGAGAAGAAGUUUUUAUAUCAGACACUUGAUAUGUGUUCACAUGAUGCAUACAUCAGCUUUAGGAUGUAGUAGGGAAAGUAGCAUUUUCACUAGAAAAUUUCACUAGACCAGCAUCAUCCGAUGAAAGCUGUUCUCUAGCCAGGAAGAGAGACAUUCAGAUACAUUUUUAUCAUACUUACAGGACAAAGACACCAGUGUAAAAUCUGUUCUAUCUUUUAAGAUAGUUUGACUUAUUUUAGAAAGUAUGUUUUAAGUAUGCAGCAUGCAUUUAAUGUACUGUGCAAAUAAUCUGUAAGAACUGAUACCUUUGCUCAAUAUUUUGUAAAGGAACUACUGGAUGUCGGUGUGCCUACUGGUUGUGUAACACAACCCAAACUAGGAUAAAAAAUAGUGACAGUGAUGGUGAGCGUUAGUUAUAAGCAAUGACCAGUUGCACUGAUGCCCAAGAAUGUCUCAGGAAAGAAGUGGAACUCAUUACAGAUCACAAAGAAGUUACGGCUUCAAUAAAUCACUUCAUCUUUGGGUACUUCGGGUAGAUUGACUAACAUUUUACUACCAACAUGCUGGAAGGCAUUCUGUAGUGGCUGUUAAAGAGUUCCUGUAUUUUGGCUUGAUUAACAGCUUAUGCAGAACCCCAGCAUUUUUCUGACACUUCUUAUUCAUUUUCUUAUAUGAGAGCUGCUUUCUCAUUAGCACACAGGCACUAAGUGGUGGCCAGCAAUUUGCAAUCCAGCAUUACACAGGACUGAAAACUCACAGUGACUGAGAUGUUACUGAACCUGUGCCUGAGACAUUCUUGGACCGUAAUGUCAACAAAACAUUCACUGUGAGAUGUGACGCAGUGUUGUCACAUGGUGAGUUAAAACUCACCAUAUGACAACAAUGUCACAUGGAGAAUGUUUGCAGAUAUUAAAGUGCACAGAUGGAAACUCAUCAUUCGGAAAUAGCAGGGGAUGUAUAGACUGAGUAACAUAUAAACCGGUUCCCUGCUGGUCUGUGGCCAUAUCAUGAAUCCCUCCAGUAACAAACUCAGUACGUUUCAACAGAAUUGGUGGCAAAACUGAGAAAUAAGGAGGAGGUAUCAUAUCUCAAGGAACUCUCAAGCUUUAAAAAAUAUUUAAGACACCCACAAACAGGGCAAAAAAAGGGAGUCCAGUGGCCACAGUAGCCACAGAUGAUUGAAUGUCUGUUGGCAAGAAAAAUGGAAAACCAGGGGCAUGGAGAGACGAAUGAAAUGCUCAGCUUGAGGGAAUGGCUGGAUGAAACCCUCCACAGGAGUGCUUUCAUUAGGAGGAAGGACAAACUGCACAUUUCACAUCAUAGGAUCCUACAUUACAUUCUUAGAGAAGCUGGCAGGCUCUAUAAAAUAUCUAAGUAUGUUGGCUUGAAUUAUUCUUGGAAUAUAGAUGAGAGAUAUGGUUUCAAUGCAGUAUUGAAUCACAAUUAGCAAUACAUCAAGAUGUAAUCAGUGUUUUAAAAGAGUACAAGGCAAUCUAAGUUCAAAUCCAGCAGCUAUUUAAAGAAAAAAAUCUAAAAAUGGCAAGAUUACUAUGGGAAAAGCACAUUUUCAACAGUGAAGAAAUAAGAUCUUCCUAAGUCAAGAGAUUUUGAAAUUUCCCUCAGUGUUGCAUUUAUGCUUAGCAUUCUCUCCUCUCUCACUCUUUUUUUUUUCUUUGACAGAUUUGUAAAUAUUCAUCACGGAAAGUGUUGUAUAUAUUUUAAAUCAAUUUAUUCUCUUUCCCACUGCAUAUAUCUGUAGAGUCAGCUUGCAAUGUAACAUUUUGUUCUGCAUGGAGCUGCGACAGGCUUUUUAUCUCUUAGUGUUUCAAAAGCCUUAAGCAUGAGUGCCCUGAUUUUUGAAUGUACAAGAAGUUUUUAAAAAUAACUGGUUUUUUAUACUUUUCUUAAUUAUUUUGAGCAAAUUUGGGAGGGGGUUAAAUCAGCAAAGGGAGACCAAUUUUGGAACCUGAAACCUGCAUACAAGUUCUUUUACUUGGAAGUAUUUGGUCACAGAGAGAUUGUAAAGAACCAACAACUACUGGGUUUUUUUAAAAAAAAAUCUUUGAGGAAAAUAAGUGCUUAUGUUACUUUUGAACAAACCACUUUUUUUUUUUUUACAAUUGCAACCAACAUCCGAAUCAAAGUCAUGUUUGAUUUUUGUUGAAAUUUGAAUGGACAAAGCACAUGUUGCCAAUAAGCUUUCAGAAGUCUUAUCUUCUGAAGAACUAUAUAAUAAUAGAUUUCCUUAGUGGGCGACUUUGGAGGAUUCCAGAGUCAUUAAGAUUUGGUGGAUUAGAUGACCCCUUAUUGGGAUUAAACCUUUAUAGAGUCAUGUAGAGAAGUACAAUUUAGGAAGGAAAAAAGGUAAUGAACUAAGAAAACUUGUUGACAUUAUCUGAAGUUUAAACGUACCAUUAUAUACAGAUGGCUGUAUUUAUGUAUUUAUUUGUCAAAACUGUAUAUAUUGUUUUAUCUAGUGUAAUUGUCUAAAAGUGCAUUUCUUCUAGUUGAAAAGUAUUAUCUAGGGGGUUGUGGGGGUGCCAGCCAAGCUGCUAAUCAAGUUUUUAUAAACAUAUAUAUAAAUGUUCAAAAAAAGAUGAAGGGGGAAAAUGAAAGUGUCCUGUACAGUUUUCUUUUUUUGUCAUUCCUUACUGAAAUGUAAACUAGACUCAGACAGCACGAAGCCAAGCUAUAGCCACAUCUGAGGAGGACAGAGUGUUGUUUUGCUGAUUGUUUUUAAAAAUUGCAGGGGGGGUGUGAGGAAAUAAAUUAAGGAAAAAUAAA